GCUCCACCAUCAGUUGUUUUUAUAAAAUCGGCAUGUGAGGUUGUGGGCUAAAUUUCGAUAUUCUUUGAAUUUUUACACAAAAACUAAAAAUUAUAAAUUAAUAUUAUACAAUUUAUCAUAAAAACUAUGCAGUUACAUAAAAACACUAAAAGAAAAUAAGUUAAUAAAUAUUAAGUGAAAGUUGUUUUGCAUAUUACUAUCAUAACCACAAUGAUAAUAAUGAUGUUGAACCAUUAAAAAGUAUUACUAUAUAGAUACGUAUUUAUAAAAAAAGAAAUACCUAUGAUAGAUAAAAAAUGAAGAAUAAAACCUAACAAAAUAAGAUAGAAAAUAGCAAGAACGAAAACAAAACGGCAUGGUAUAAAAAAAGAUCCAAGCUAAGAGAAUUAUCAACAAAAGUAGUUACAGAACCUCAUAAAAUAUUGUGUUAACUAAAAAAGCAAACAAAGAAAGUAAAAGAAGAAUCAUCAAGCAACCCGGGUUUUAAAACCACUUAUUUUAGCCACCGUAAUUAUUUAAUUAUUAUGCCAAAAAAUAACAAAGAAAGUUAGCGAUUUUGAAUCAACAACAUCAUCAUUAUUAAAAAAUAAAAAAAGCAGUUUGGAGAAAACUAAAAUAAUAAAAAAGUAACCCAAUUUCUUCAAUAUGGAUUUUAUACAAAAUUUAACAAAAGGUCUGCAAGAAUUUUUGUCCUCCUACAUUGAUUUGGAUUAUUCUUUGUGGGUUUAUCGUUUAUUGACCCCUCUGAUUGCAACAUUCCUCUUGCCAUUGGUUUUUGUGGCAUUAAUUUACAUAUCCUUUUUAAUCCUGUUCAUCUAUAAGUUACACAGAGAAGUGAUUCUGCGUUCGGUGCGCUCUGAUCGUGGUUUUUGGAAAGUUGGUCGUAAACUAGUAGCCGCUAUAUGGGAUGCUCAUGCUCGCAUUUAUCAUGGCUAUGAGGUCGUUGGCAUGGAAAAUAUACCACUAGAAGGUCCUGCUCUAAUUGUUUACUAUCAUGGUGCCAUACCAGUAGACAUGUAUUACUUAAAUUCUCGCAUGCUUUUGCAGAGAGAUCAAUUGAUCUAUACUAUAGGAGAUCGUUUUCUCUUUAAACUACCCGGUUGGGGUACUAUAUCCGAAGCAUUCCAUAUAAGUCCCGGCACAGUACAAUCAUGUGUUAAUAUUUUAAAAGACGGCAACCUUUUGGCUAUUUCGCCGGGUGGUGUUUACGAAGCUCAAUUUGGCGACAAUUACUAUGAAUUAUUAUGGCGUAAUCGUGUGGGUUUUGCCAAGGUGGCUUUGGAAGCUAAAGCACCCAUAAUACCCUGUUUUACACAAAAUCUCCGCGAGGGCUUCCGACAAGUGGGAAUAUUUCGUAGAUUUUUCCUUAAACUUUAUAAUGCGGUAAGAAUACCGGUUUAUCCUAUAUAUGGAGGUUUUCCGGUAAAAUUUCGAACCUAUUUGGGUAAACCUAUCGAAUAUGAUGGUUCUUUAACACCCGAAGAGUUGCAAGUAAAAGUUGCUCAGGCUUUAGAAGUUUUAAUAAAUAAACACCAGCGCAUACCAGGCAGUAUAUUCCAUGCCUUAUUAGACCGUUUUCCUCCUUUUCGAAAUAAGAAAGAUUAAAAUCUUUAGUUUGUUUAUUAAUUCGUUCAGACAUCUCUUUAGCUAUAUAAAAUCUCAGAACUGUGUUAAUUUUUGUUUUUUACAUUUAAAACUUCUUUUAUUCUUAUUUAUACUUUUUUUCUAUAUGCUACUUUACUGUUGUAAGUAAAAAUCCCUAAAAAUCUUUUUUUCUUUUUAAGCACCAGCUUUUUUUAUAAUUAAUAAAAAAUUAUAUAUUUGACAAUUAUUUUCUGAUAUCGAAUGAGAUUUAGCACUUUAUUCAGCAGAAUAAGCCGAAGAAUUUGUUGAAAUAUAUUUUGCUGUGUCAAGUGCUUGGAAUUUUCUUUUUAUUUUAAAUUAUUUUUGUAAUUGUACUUAAAAUAAGUGGUUGUAGUUCCAAACUCUGGGUUUGUUUUUAUUAAUAUUUAAGCUUUUAAUCGAAUUGUGUAUUAAGUCAUCCUUUUAUUUAAUUGAAAAAUGAAAACAAGAUGUUAUAAGAAAAUUUAUUAUGUUGCAUAAACUAUGAGGAUUAAAAU